AUGGCAUCAUCAUCAUCUUCUAGGGGUAUGCGUGUCACAUGUGGACCAGUCGACGAUGAUUUAUUAUCGUUGCAAAAUAUACAUGUGUCACAGCAUGUUUGGAACAGAGAUGAAGACAGGAGACUAGUAGCACGACGUGCUGCUCCGACGCCCACUGGAAUUGCAGGAGUUCCACAACAAAUAAUUCCGUUACUAGAUCAAGCUGGUUUCGGAUGGAUAGCGCGUCUGAAUUAUAUCAAAGUUAGUCCUGGUUUGCUAACAGCUUUGGUAGAGCGAUGGAGACCAGAGACACAUACAUUUCACAUGCCAUUCGGAGAGUGCACAAUUACUCUUCAAGACGUUGGCAUGCUUGUUGGUCUUCCGGUUGACGGUGAACCGGUAUUAUCUCGAGGCAGUCCAAAUAUAUUGGAAUUGGCUGAGGAGCUGUUAGGGGUUGUUCCACCGCAGUCUGAAAUUAAAGGACAUCGCGUCAGGCUAUCUUGGUUGGCAGCAAUCUUUGGGGACAUUGCUGAUGACAUAGAUGAUGUAGAUGUCUUGGUUCGUUAUGGUAGAGCCUGGAUAUUACGUUAUCUAGGAGGAGUGCUUGUUCCCGAUAGAUCUUCAUCGUAUGUGUCCUUACGAUGGUUGCUGUUUUUGCGCGAUUUUGAUAUUAUUAGGACUUAUGCAUGGGGUGCAGCUUUAUGGGCAUGGGAACGAUUCCCAACCAUUAUGUCUUCGCCAUUUCCACCUAUUCCUCCAGCCAGUCCAAUUGGUUUAAGGUGGUCAAACAUAGGGACCAAAAUAAGUAUGAGCGAUGAUAUAAAAUUUUAUCGCAAAUACUUUGAUCGUACUACUAGGAAAUCGAUAAUUUGGCAGCCAUAUCCCCCUGUUGAACAGAUGCCAGGUGACUGCACAUAG